UCUAGCGGCGGAGAACGCUUGGCGCGUGUUCUGUUAUGGGACCUAUCAGAGUCUGAGCGGUCGCGGUGCUUGCCGGAAGUUGUAGUCUCCCCAGGGGGUGGGCCCUGAGCCUGGCUGCGGCGGCGCAGGGAUGUCUCGCGGCCCUGCUGUGCGUGACGCACAUUGGAAGAGGGGCUGUUUGCACGGUAGUGACGGCUGGGAUCCAGAGCGCGCUGAGGCGGCGCUGCCCUAUCAGCGCCCUAGGUUGUGCGCGUGACCCCCCCCCCACUCCCUCCGCCCGGGUACAGAGCCCUGUUCGCUCUGUCCGCUGCGGGGCUCGCGCCAGGCGCGAACACCAACGGCUGUUAAAUGGGGGGCUCGUGAGCCCCGUCGCGGCUGCGAACCCUGGGCUGAGCCCGGCCGGGGAGCUGACGGAGCGGGCUCUCCCCGGGUGCUUCCGCUUCGCGCGAGGCCCCAGUUGUACCGGCACCGUUGUGUCCCCUGCCCCGGCCAGACCCAGAGAGCUGCCGCCCGCGCCUAGCCCUUGAGCCUGCUGCUCGCACCGAGCCUGGGGGCCCGGGCGAUGGCGCUCCCUGUCCUCUGCUCAGGCGGCGGGAGACGGGGUGGGGUGGGGCCACGCUCCCCUCGGCCUGGCAGGGCUGCGCGGCAGGAGAUGCUGGAUGGAAACUUCAGGAGGGCGCGGGCCUGCCCCGAGGAGCGGCCAGGAAACUUGAGAGCCCCCCGCGGCGGGUGGAGGGGGAAGCUGGCUCGGGCCACUCCUCUUUCCGCAGCACUUCAGUGGCUGGGGGUUAGCGGGUCGCUGAGUGUUUUGAGGAGAGAGCUGCUGUUUUGGCGGGGGCUAGGAAGCGCUCCAGCCAGGCGAGGGGGAGGGGGAGGAAGGAUACCGGAGGAAGGCUGGAGUGGAGUUUCAUGAGGUUUCUGUCAUGCGACGUGGAAUCCCCCCCCUUAGGGAGACUGCUGCUCCCAGUGGGCAAGGAGCCUGCCUCCUCCCAUCUGUCAGAGCCAGAGUAUCCACUUCCAGCCAGUUCUUCCCAUGCUCACCACCAGCUCCCAGCUGAGAGUCGCCCUUAGUGGGCUGGAAAAGGUCUAAUUAUAGCUUGCCCUUGGCAGGAAUCCCUUGGCUCUCUCCCUCAGUGCUAGAAACCCUUUCUCGGCCACAGUGCUUCUUAACAGACUUGUACUCAGAUUCAAAUAGUCAGCCUCAAGGGCUUUCUCUGGAGGACCUGCCGUUGGUUGGGACAGUUUUGGUCCUGCAGUUAAUUGUAAGCACAUAUGCUAGUAUUUACAUAUCAGCCUGAUUGUGCCUCAAAAUGACGUUUAAUAUUUAAAUGUUCGCACUUGCCCCAACUAUUAAAUGUGGGUGCCAGAACGUACCAGCAAAAUCAGAGGCUGAGCUGAAGCCUUUUUAAGUCUGAGUCAAACUUGGGUGCAUGCCUAUAUGUAGGCAACCAAAGAAAUGUGGCCUGAUUGUCAGAGGUGUUGAGCAGCUAAAACUCCCAUCAAUCUUGAUGGGAGUUUCGGGUGCUGAUCAUCAUGCAGAAUCAGGUCACUUAUAUGUAGGCACCUGCGUGAGGAUGAGAGUACCUGAUUGUAGGCACCGUAUUUGAAAAUUUUGGCCUCCGUGACUUGCUGAAGGUUACAUACUGAAUCAGUGAUAUUAGAGAUCACAGUCUUCAGAAUAUUUUGUACUAUGCUUAUUUACAAAGCAGCUCUGAAAGAAGUGAGUAAUUCUCAGGAUAAUGUAUUCCUGUGACUAAUAAUUACUAUAAUAUCUUAGCUAGAAAUAGAAACGUGGUAUGAGCUGAAACAGAAAUGGAUGGGACUGCCUGAAGGAGCCGUACUGCUAUUUGAUUUAUGCAUAAUCAGCUUGACAUGGAUUUGCACUGCUCAAUUGAAACACCUGAUAAAGUGAAGGCUGAUGCUCAUGUAUAUGCUGGUAAAGAAGAAGACAUAAAACAGUCCCAAAGAAUAACAGCUAGUGUCCAUGACAGAGAAGUUGUCAUUUUCUACCUUGAAGGGAAAUUUUAUGCCAUGGACCGUUACUGUUACCACGCAGGAGGUUCUUUACAUCUUGGAGAGAUAGAGGAUAUCAAUGGACAGCCCUGCAUUAUUUGCCCUUGGCACAAGUAUAAAAUUACUUUGGCAACAGGAGAAGGAUUAUAUCAAGCAGUAAACCCUACUGAACCAUCAGCAACACCAAAAUGGCGAUCAAAAGGAAUAAAGCAAAGAACUCACAAGGUUACUGUAGACAAUGGAAGUGUUUAUGUGACUCCUUCUGACUUAUCUAUCAGCUGUGACUCUGAUUACUAUGCUGAUAAGUACAAAAAGACUGGAAGGUCUGAUAUGAAAAAAUAAUGCACAUCCUGAACUUCAAAAUCAGUGGCCAUAAUGCAAAAUGUGUGUGUACACAAGGCAUCAUCAGUAUCACAGGAUAAUAUGCAGAUUUUUUCUAGAUGUUAAUAUAAUGAAAUACCAGUGUUAAUCUUACUGCUAUUAAAGCAUUAAGUAUUGUAGAAAUGAGUAAGAUCAUAAACAAAAGUUCAGGACCCUCUUUAGAAUGAGUUAGCAUUGUGCCAGUGCAGUUUUAUAUUUGCCUUUAAUAAAAUAAGUUUUAUGUAUGUACAUUAGACUAGUUUGUAAUAUUUGAAGUGUUAAAUCUUCCAUUGCUAGAGUUUAAAUCUUUUAAUCUUUAGGAGGAGGAUUAUUAUACUAUUGCAUUUAAUUAGUUUAUAAAAACAUCUUGAAAUCUUAUGGUAAAUAUCCAUUGAAGGAUAGAAUUUUUUGUAUACAUUAAAUAGUUUAGAACUCUGAAACCUAUAAUUUCAAUGUAAUUGAGAGAUUUUUUUUAAAAAAAUAUAUUUCCAGGUCAGGAGAAAAACCUAUUAUUUUAUCUUCUUAACACAUAGGACCAGAGUUUCAUAAAGUGAUGUACAAAGCAUUUGUGUGUUGUAAUGUGCCUUUGCAUGGUUACUUUUGUGUGUGCAAUUACCCCAGUUCUGUUCUAAAUAAGUACUUAUAUCUCCUUCAUCAUGGUAGUGCCUGAGCACAUUCCAAUAAUCAAUUAACCAACAUGACAAACAUCUGUCACAUGUGAGUUCUCUGUCAUCCUUUCCUCUGGAGGAAAAUUGGAUGUGUAGUGUAGGAUUUUGGUUUUGGACUAUUUUAAAAAUGUAAACACUUAUCAGAGAGUGUCAUAAAUAUAAAGGGACGGGUAACCACCUUUCUGUAUACAGUGCUAUAGAAUCCCUCCUGGCCAGAGGCAAAACCCUUUCAUCUGUAAAGAGUUAAGAAGGUAAGGUAACCUCGCUGGCACCUGACCCAAAAUGACCAAUGAGGGGACAAGAUAUUUUCAAAUCUGGAGAGGGUGGAACAAAGGGGUCUGUCUGUCUGUGUGAUGCUUUUGCCAGGAACAGAUCAGAAAUGCAAGCCUUCCAACUCCCGUUAAAUUAAUAGGAAUAUUGACUCCAUUGAAUACAUCUGUACUACAAAAGUGUUUGCACCUGGGGAAUGCCCACGAGGUAGAAUGCAACCAGUCUGGCUGGCUAGCUGGGGACCAGUCAAUGGACCAUUAGGGAGAACAAUAGGUCUUUGAAGAUACUCAUCUCCCACCUUCCUGAGAAGCUUUCCUGGGAUGCUACAAACAACCUCUGACUCAUGACUGCUUUGACACUGCAGGGUUAUGCGAUUGUCACCUAGUACUAGACUCCAUGGUAGAAUACCAGUAUUUUUCCACAGAGGGGGGUGGUGGUGGGAACCACACUGGAAAACAAAGGGUUCCUGCCAUAUGUAAAACCUAUUUAAGGCUGGGGAAUGACUUAAUCAGCAUUCAUUCUUCACUGAAUCCCCACCCAGGAUGAGUGCAGGAAAAGACAAAGGGGGGUGGGGAGAAGGACUGAGCCCAAGCUGGAAAGGUGUCUGGCCUGUGAGAGAAAUACCUGGAGUUUCAAGCUGCAAGCAGGAGCAGCUUGCCUUCAAGAACCUCUGCAAUCUGCCCAAAACAAUAUUUAGGAUGAGAAACUACUACUUGUAACCAGUUUCUUUUUUUGGUUUCUUAAGCUUAUAUUGUGUUUUUUUUUUUUUUUUUUUAUUUGCUGGGUAAUCUGCUUUGAUCUGUUUGCGAUCCCUUAGAUUUUAAGUGAUAUUUUUUGUAGUUAAUAAACUUUGUUUUCUCUGAAACCAGUUUGUGGAACUUAUAAUUGGGGGGUGGGGGGGAAAGCUGUGCACAUCUUCCUCCAUAUUGAGGAAGGGAGUGAAUUUCAUGAGCUUAUGCUGCUAUACAGUUCUCUGUGCAGUGCAAGACAGUAUAAUUUUGGGUUUACUCUCCAGGAGGGAUGUGCACUUGAGUGCUGGGCAUUUCUUUAGUGAAGCCUUCCCAUGCAGAGCUGAUUUCAGUGUCUCCCAUCUUUCUGAAGCUGGUUGUGCCCCUACCUGGGUGUAUGCUGGAGGAGGCUUGAGGGCCUGGCUCAGCAGGACAGUGUAAGGGGGAAACAGGUGGGUACCUCAGUAUAUCAGUGGGGGGGGGUAACCCAUCAGAUGGGUAGAUCUGUUUAUACAUAAGUAGAGCUAUACGUGUGCAUUGUGUAUUUGCAGGGACUAAGGAGUAAUGGGGUGUGUUUAAAUGCUAGAUUAAGGUG